CUACUCAAGGCGACGGAGGGAGUAUAGAGCACUGUCACUUCUCAGUUCUCACUUCCACAUCCUAACCCAACUCUCUCUCUCUCUCUCUCUCUCAAGCUUAUAUAGAUACAAGAAGAGAAGCAAGGAGGAGAAAACAGAUGGAUAUAGGUUUACUCACAGAAGGAAGUAGCAAUGGAGGCAGUGGCGGAGUUAAAACAACCACCACCUCUUCGUCGUCGUCUCAGAAUAAUAACAAUCAGCGGGCGCAACCACCUAAGUACGGUCGGAGGUCUAACGUUAUAGCUUAUGGUUCUUCUUACCAGAAGGCUGCUGCUCUUGUUGAUCUCGCUGAAGAUGGUGUUGGUAUACCAGAGGAAGUUCUCGAUCAGCCUAACUUUGAAAAUUCUGCCAAGCUCUACUUUCUCUUCAUUCAAUUUGAUGUCUUGUGGACCCUUAAUUACUUUGCUUUGUUAGUUCUUAACUUCUUCGAGAAACCAAUGUGGUGCACCCAGGAUGCUGCAAUUUCUUGCCAUAAUAGAGACUACUACUUUCUUGGGCAGCUCCCAUACUUAACUGCUGCCGGGUCUCUUAUCUAUGAGGGAGUAACACUUCUAAUUCUCAUGGCACAUAUGUUCUUUCCGAUUUCAUAUGAAGGUUUGAACUUAUACUGGAGAAGUCGGCUCAACAAAAUGAAGGUCAUUUUCCUGUUAGCUCUGGUUGUUGAUGUUUUACUCUAUGCACUUUUUCUGUCUCCGGUGGGCAUAUAUUAUCUCCCAUUCCGGAUUGCUCCUUACAUCCGGGUGAUUUUUCUUAUCUUGAACAUCAGGGAUUUACGUGACAGCAUAGUCGUCUUGGCUGGAAUGAUUGUAACAUAUCUAAAUGUCUUGGCUUUAGGACUUCUAUAUCUUUUGUUCUCCAGUUGGUUGGCAUAUGUCAUGUUUGAAGAUACUGAACAGGGGAAGAAAGUGUUUACUUCAUUUGGUGCAACAACAUAUCAGAUGUUUGUUUUAUUUACCACGUCCAAUAAUCCAGAUGUCUGGAUUCCUGCAUACAAAGUGUCGCGUUGGUAUAGCCUGUUCUUUGUUCUCUAUGAGCUUCUGGGUGUUUACUUUGUCACCAACUUGAUCCUUGCUGUUGUAUAUGAUAGCUUUAAGGAUCAGCUAGCUAAACAGAUUGGCGAGAAGGAUCGUAUGAGAAAAAGAAUAUUAAAGAAAGCAUUUAAUCUUAUAGAUGAAAAUGCUUAUGGUUCUCUUAAUAUAGAUCAAUGCAUCCACUUGUUUGAGGAACUCAAUAGAUACAGGACAUUGCCUGAUAUAUCAAGAGAAGAUUUCGAGUUAAUUUUUGCAGAGUUGGAUGACAGUCAUGACUUCAAGAUUAAUUUGGAUGAGUUUUAUGAUCUUUGCAAUGCUAUAGCAUUACGAUUUCAGAAAGAGGAUUCACUUUCUUGGUUAGAGAAAUUCCCAACAUUCUACAAUUCACCAUUAUCUCGAAAGUUGAAAGCCUUUGUUCGAAGCAAAACUUUUGGAUAUGUCGUAGAAUUCAUUCUCGUCUUGAAUAUUGUUACCGUUAUUAUUGAAACAACCCUUGAUGUACAAGACAAUUCUGGGCAAAAGUUUUGGCAGAACCUGGAGUUUGCGUUUGGAUGGUUAUAUGUACUGGAAAUGGCACUGAAAGUUUAUGCAUAUGGGUUUGAAAAUUAUUGGAGAGAUGGUCAGAAUCGUUUUGAUUUUAUUAUCACCUGGGUUAUAGUUGUCGGAGAAACAGCAACUUUUGUCUCUCCUGAAGGACUAACAUUCCUUUCUAAUGGAGAAUGGAUUCGCUAUCUUUUGAUUGCAAGAAUGUUGCGCUUAAUAAGGUUAUUAAUGCAUGUACGUCGUUACCGAGCCUUUGUUGCGACAUUUCUUACUCUCAUACCAAGCUUGAUGCCAUACCUAGGUACCAUAUUUUGCGUCUUGUGUUUUUAUUGCUCUCUGGGGGUACAGUUCUUUGGUGGGAUAGUAAAUGCUGGAAACCCCUAUGCAUAUGAAACAGAUCUUGCAGAUAGCGACUAUCUCCUUUUUAAUUUUAAUGACUUUCAAAGUGGAAUGUUGACCUUGUAUAAUUUAUUAGUUCAGAAUAACUGGCAAAUAUGGAUCGAGAGCUACACUGAGCUAGCAAGCACAGGUUGGACUUACGCAUACUUUGUCAGCUUCUAUGUGAUAACAGUUCUACUGCUCUUGAAUUUGGUUGUAGCAUUUGUGUUGGAGGCAUUCUUUGCUGAAAUGGAACUCGAAGAUUCAGAGAAGCGUGAAGGCGUGGACAAGGAAAGUGGAAAGAAGAAUCGGCGCCGUAACGUUGGCACGAAAACAAGAAGUCAGAGAGUUGAUAUCCUGUUGCAUCACAUGUUGGGUCCAGAGCUUGAUCAUGGUUCAUGAAGAUUGCCACUCCAUUAAUUUGUUUCUAAUGUGAACUUGAAUGUUUGUGGCAGAGGAAGAUAAUCAUUUGCCAGACUUCUUUUCUUGGUUAGUUAUGCUCUGUAGUUAUGUCUGUUGAUUACUUGGUAUGUUAACAAGUAUGGUCUCAUGAUAACCUGAAACUGGUUGCAACUGUUCAAAAAAAUGUGAAGUGCAUGUUUUCUCCU